AUGAACGUCGUGGAACAUGUCCUAACAACAUUCGACCAGAUCGUCAACUGGGCUAGACAAGGUUCCCUCUGGCCACUGAGCUUCGGCCUUGCCUGCUGUGCCAUUGAGAUGAUGCACGUCUCCAUGCCUCGGUAUGACCAGGACCGACUGGGCAUUAUCUUUCGAGCUUCUCCUCGCCAGGCCGAUGUGAUGAUCGUAGCGGGGACAGUGACCAACAAGAUGGGGCCAGCUCUUCGCCAAUGCUACGAUCAGAUGCCGGAACCCAGGUGGGUGAUUAGCAUGGGCAGUUGUGCGAAUGGUGGUGGUUAUUACCACUAUAGCUAUAGUGUUGUUAGGGGGGUUGAUCGGAUCGUUCCAGUUGAUAUCUAUGUUCCUGGGUGUCCUCCGACUGCAGAAGCGUUGCUUUAUGGCGUCUUUCAGUUGCAGAAGAAAAUGAAAAAGACAAAAAUUACCCGGAUGUGGUAUAGAAAGUGAUUGUUGGGAAAUGCAUGUAAUCAACGUUGAUGUCUGUUAGUAUUCCUAUGGCAACAGAUCCAGAAGCUACUGUAUCACUAGUCCACAUGUCUUUCUUUAGAAUUUCUAUAUUUAUCAAUCCUAA